GCGUUCUUCACGGCGGUUCGUUGAAUUUCGGAACUGAAUUUCUACUCGUUUUUGAAUAGUAGUGGUUAUAAUUUACCGUGAGCACAUAGGAAAUUCGUUGGAAGGACAAUGACGGCCUUUUUGCCGCCGAAUUUGCUGGCAUUAUUCGCUCCGCGCGAUCCGAUUCCUUACCUAGCACCUUUGGAUAAACCAGCUUGGUUGAAACGACCAUGGCCUUACAGCGGCCUCGCAACGUAUGUCAGAGAAUUUGAGGAUCCUAACUUAACUCCCCCACCAACCCGAGGAGAAACAAGGGAUGAAAAAACUGAACGAAAGAGGAAGGAAAAAAUUGAGCGCACAACAAAGUUUCAAGAAGACCAGAUAGAACAAUGGGACCCUCAUAAUGAUGCUAAUGCAGUGGGAACUGAUGCAUUCAGGACACUUUUUGUGGGAAGAAUUAAUUAUGAUACCUCUGAAUCUAAACUCAGACGAGAGAUGGAGCUCUACGGGCCAAUCAAAAGAGUGAGUGAUAAUGUUCUACAUUUUACAUAAUUUGAAAGUAUUCUAUCAUAGUUUUGAUAGUGCUUAC